AUGCGGGGAGCCCCGCAGGCGGCGGGCCGUGCGCGAGGCGGGGGAGCGGCGCGUGGCGCAGCACGGCCCGGCCGGGGCGCAGCGCUCCCGGACUGGGGAAAGGGGAGCUGCGAGGUUGCGUCUUUCCGCCUCCGCUGCCUGCAGCUCUACCCAAAAAACAAGCAGAGGAAUGAUGGCAUUCACACAGCCUACAGCAGGGGUAGGGAGGCAGUGAGGAAGCAGAGACCAGCAGAGGGGAUGGAAGCCCCAAGGAGCUGCUCCUUUUUAAACAGACUAAGCUACGUCAGAGACACAACUGAUGUGGAACAAGAUGACUUCCCAUACGGUGGAGAUGCAGGAAUAACCUGUGAAUACAUAAGCUCAGAGAAACUGAGUGACUGUGCUUGUAUCAAGAGCAUUUCUGAUAUUUUCAACUUAUCCUGUUCUGAAGCUUACAAAAAUGCAUCAGCAGAUUAUGAAAUUCAUGCACAACCUGAAGGUGUCUGUGCCUAUGAUACAGGUACCAUGGGAACUAUCGGCAUUUCAGCUGCAAUGCCGAGAAGUGAAGCGUCCUUUACCAAAGAAUUACCAGGUGCUGGUGGUAGUGAACCGGAUGGCAAGGACCCUCUGACUCGCUCAAAGAUGUCCCGUGUCCUUUUGCGCCAUUUUUCUAAGGGAGAGUUAACGAGCACAUGGCAGCUGAUUGAAUGUGAGACUAUACCAGAAACAUCCUUGACUGAAAGUACUGAUGAAGCCACAAACAAACUUGAGACUUGUAAACGUGUCCAAGGCCCGUUAACACGUGAACAACAGGCGGCCAAGGUGGAAGAGCACCACUUAGAAAGGCUCAAAGCAGUGAACACUGGAGGGAAAAAUCAGAAUUUGCUAAAUGAAAACGAACUUGUUUCUAAAACCUCUACUUCUACUACUGCUAAGAUUGGGUGCAGACAAGACAAUCCACAAUUGAUUAAUGAGUAUAAAGAUACACGUAUCUUCCAAAACACAGAAGAAGAGAGAUAUGCAUUUAAGAAAUCAGUACGAUCUCAUGAGCUCAUACAGGACCAAGGUGAAGUUCAGAGAUGUCAGAAGGACAAUCAUGAAGUUACUUCAGAAAUGAAAGUACCAAAAAUGAGUGAAAAUAAUAAAUCAGUCCCCACCAUUGAAGGAACAAACUCCUUCCCUACAUUGCUAAAUAAAUUGGCAACUAUCCACAGCAUUCCAGAAAAUCAGAACUGUUUUGAUUCCACUGAAGUAGCAAAUCAGAAGGAAACGAGCAUUCCAGGACUGUCCCAACAGCUAAAGAUACUUCAUCAGUCAGGUUUUCCAAAUGCAGGAUUUGUCAUUUACUCAGGAGACACUGGGACAUCCCCUGACGCCUUUACAGCAGGCACUUCUGUCCUUCUACCAUCUACACCUGGUUUGUCUGAACCAAGAUUGCCAUGCAGGACACUGGCAUCAGCAUUUCCAGCAGCUGGUACAGUAGAAGCACGCAGCCUAGAUCCUCCUAAUUUACUGCCCGAAAUAACACAAGGAGAGAAGAGGUCUCAAAUACUGAAGGAACAGACAGAUCAACUAAAAAUGAAAGUGGAAGACUUCUCUCAGCGUAUGGCCCAAGAGACAUUCCUCCUCCAAGACGAUUAUUUGGCAUUAAAUGAACUGAAAAGACACCUCGAUGCCUUGGAAAGGAAUUACUUAACUGCUAGAGAGGAGCACCGUGACUUACAGCUGCAGUACUACAAGGACAAGGCUGUCAGCAUCGGAGAAUUUGAUCCUGAAAGAAAAGUGGAAGGGGAAAUAUUUAGACUUGGCACGCUGCUUGCGGCCAUCCGAGAACAAGCUGAUGACAGCAAAUGCAGCCCGGCUCCUUUGCUUCCUUCCUGUGGAUCUGCCCAUUCAUCGUACUCUCUUUGGGAGAGCUCAAUAGUUUCAAGUAUUGCUGAUUCUCCUGAAGAAAACGCAUUUCUUCCCAAGAACAAUGAAGGAGAAAAUACAAGCCAGACAAGUUAUGUAAUCCCACAGAAAAAUGCCCACUUUUCUUCAGAACGUGGGAAGUGCAAUCCUUGUUUUCACACGUUACACAAGAGAGCUGAAUCAACUUACGAAAGAGAAACGGAUCCUCUGGGGAAAAGAUGGCUGCUAGCAAGCAAGUGUUCUUCAAAUGUAACGAGAUUCUUUUCACCUGAAGGAAAAUACGAGGCUGAAGGUCUUGGAUCCCAUACUCAGGGUACAUUAAGUCCAAAAUAUAAUGCCAGUGAAGAGAGUAUGAAAGGAAAUAACAUCCAGGAAACGAAAACUGGAAUACAUUCAAUCUUCACUGAAAGAAAACCAACUGAUUUAUCAGAUACAAAUCUGAGCAGUGAUUCAGAAGAUAUCUCGGCCUAUCAUUCUUAUGGUUCACAAAGUGAUGAAUUUAUGAAGUGUGAAAGUUACAAAAUAUUCCAUCCAAGACUACAUAGAGAGAGAAAAGGAUAUAAAAGCAGAUGCCCCAGAGAAAGCCAAAGUCAAUUUAAACUCAGGAAUUACAAAGAGUCUGUUCAGUCUUGCGCUUUAUGUAGAAAUAAAAACUCUGGCUCAACUUCUUGUUCGCAGAAGAGAACCCCCAGCCAAAAGGCUCAAACAAAUAAACAGUCUCCUGAAGUUGUAAACAGACUUUCUGAAAGCAAGAGGUCUGCCCGAAGCAAAUCCGCGAUCAACAUCAGAAACAGAAAUGCCAAGGAUUUCAACAUCAACCAGAUUUUAAAUUCUACUCUGGAUCAUGCAAUACAGACAGCAAACAGUUUGAAGAAAGCUACAGAAAGAAUGGUGCAAGCAGUUUCAGAAGACCUAGCUAAAGCUGCAAGAAAACAGCUUUAACUAUCUACUUUCAGAUGCUGUUUUUUUUUUUUUUUUGCUGGUUGAUAUUAAAAUAUCUCUACAAAUAUAAAAUGAUAAAUAUGAGAAAAUCAGCUAGCUUUAGUUCUCUGACUGUCAGUACUAACUGGUACAUACUAGUAUUCCACAUGUUAUACUCCGAGCCCCAACUAGAAAAUGAAUUGCUUAUUCCAUUGAAGUCUUAGAUAUUUUGCCUGGCCUCUGUUACUGCUUACAACUGCCUUCUCUGAGCAUUCGUUAAGCAUCCAUUUAAGUUAGCUUUAGAAAAACUGGCCUAUCGAGCAAGGUUAGCUUUUUUGAUUUCCCUCUGCCCCCAAAGAGCAGAAUAAAUUCCAUUCACUCUUACAUACAUUUUCUUUUCACACUUUAGAAGUAGCUGCUUGAGCACACCAGCAAAUAGAAGCAGGUUCUGCACCCGUAAAAGCAGGAUGCUAGUAGAUCAAGUCAUACACAGUUAAGGCAUAUAAUUAUUUUUAGUGUGCCCUACAUUGAGAGUGUUCUAAGAUACAUCCUUGCAUGUCUCAGUAACUGAGUAAUGCCAUUUGUCUACGUAUUCCUAACAAUUAAACUGUUGCUUCACUGCAAUCUCCUUACCUUGCCUGAUACAUCUGACUGAUAUUUCUAGCUGAUGAUGUAGGCUACAGAAUUUUUUCCAACUACAGAAAUAGAGCAGGCCAAGAAUCAUGAUCUAUUAUUUUUCUUCUGAAAUCCAUUUCAACGCAGCUAUUAAAAGCAAGCAGACAGUUAACAGCCACCUAUGUAUAAUCGGGGAUGCUAUUCACUGAAGCAAAUCCGAAAUAUUCGUUUGAGUUGAAAGGGACCUUUACAGAUCAUCUAGUCCGACUCCCUUGCGAGUAAAGCCACGUCUACAGAUCCAUCAGGCUGCUCAGUGCCCAGUUCAGUCUGACCUUGAAUAUCCCAAGGACAGGGCAACCUCCACCCCUCAGAGCAACCUGUUCCAAUGCUUCGCUACCCAUACUGUAAAGAACUUUUUUCUUACAUCCAAUCUAAAUCCCCCCCUCUUUUAGUUUGAAACCAUUUCCCCUUGUGCUAUCACAGCAGAUUCUGCGAAAUAAUCUGUCCCCUUCUUUCUUCUAGCCCCCUUUACCUACUGAAAGGCCGCUACCAGGCCUUUCUCUUCUCCGGGCUGAACAGCCUCAACUCUCUCAGCCAGAUUUCCUCUCUCUUGGACAAAGUCUAAAUGCUGAAUAGGGAGACUUAGUUCAGCAUGUCUAAUUGAUAUUUCUUCAACUCUACGCAAUAAAUGUCUUUACAAUGGGUUCUA